AUUGAACCGGAAUCACUUCUUAUAACUUUCCAUUUCCGCUAGAAAUCUUUAAAGAUUACCCAAGUUUACAAAAUUAAUCAUCCAAAAGUAAUCGUAAUUCCUCAAGGCUAUGAGCUAAACACGCGCUCAGGCGCUGUUCGGAGCCUUUUAUUGAAAAGUACAACUCUGCAGGCGUUUGUGAGGAUUACGUCGGCGUCCAAUGCAGCGCGCUGCAACGUCUGGAGGCAAUAGAGGGCCACUUGAUCAUGUGACCCUGAGGCCCGCCGCUCAGUGUUUACUGGAACACGGUCUGUGGAGUCAUGCCCCUUCAGAUGGUGACCUUGUUUUUGGUGGCCUGUGGAGUGUGGUGGAUGAACCCUGCAGCAUCCAAUAUGCUGCCAAGCUGUCACCUUACCCACCAAAACGUGAGCCUGGAGAAAGAAGGAUGUCUCUCGUGUCACCUCGUGGAGACGACCAUCUGUUCUGGAUACUGCGCCACUGAGUACCCGAUCUUCUAUGGCUUCCCCAGUGAAGAGCCUCAGGUGUGUAUGUAUGAGCGUGUGCGCCACCAACAGUUUGAGCUGUCUGACUGCCUGCCAGGCGUGGACCCUGUGGUCAAGUAUCCUGUGGCGCUGAGCUGCAGCUGUGCUGCCUGCUCCAUCCUCACGUCCAACUGUAACGAGGAGCCCAAGGAACCCACUGAACCAGACUUCUGUUCUCAGAUGUCUGCCUAG